AGCCAAAAUGGCGGACACGCUUCUUCUUCGAGCCUUGAAAAGUCAACCAAAACUUCUAAAUCUGAAUAAUAAGAAGCUCGACAACGUUCCAAAGUUGGUGGGAAAGUUAACAACAGUUAAUCACAUCCAACUGAAAAGUAAUAAUCUGAGAACAUUGCCGAAAGAGUUCUCCACACUGCUUCAGCUUGAAAUUUUAAACCUUGGAAACAAUGUCUGUGAAGAUUUACCAGAGGUCCUGCAAUAUGUAGAAAGUUUGAGGACAUUGCAUAUUUUCAACAAUUACUUAGUGAGAUUGAACCCAUCUGUUGUCAGUUCCCUAGUGAAUCUUACAGUCUUGAAUCUCAAUAACAAUAAAUUAGAGACAUUACCUCCAGAAAUAUGCCGGUUAUCAAGUUUAGAAUACUUGAGCAUGGACAACAAUGAGAUGAUUGAAUUACCAGUUGAGCUUUGUGCUGUUACGACUUUACGAGAGAUGAGAGCAGCUGGCAAUAAACUAAACGGCCUUCCAUUGGAGUUUGGCUUCCUAAUCAAUCUCGAAAAGUUAUAUCUCCAGAAAAAUAGGAUCAAAGAACUCCCAGAGAGUUUAGGGAAGAUGUACAAUCUUCGAGUAUUAGACAUUGCCGCCAAUCAGUUGAGAAUCUUCCCUACUGAGUUGGCAAGUUUGCCGUUGAAAGAGCUCUACUGCGAGGAGAACCCAUUACUUGAUAACAUUCCGGUUCAUUCAAUACAGGAGGAAGAAGUCUUGUCGUUAAAGGAGAUGUGUGCAAGAUAUGUAAUGAAAGAAUUAAAAAACAGGUGGUCCUACCUCAGAAGGAGUAUCCGCCACUUCCCGCAGAUACGUGAAAUGCUGGCACAAUCUAGCCGGUGUGCAGUUUGUGGGGAGUCAUUCCUCAACACGUGGCUCGAGUGUGUCCAAUUUAUCGACGGGAAAAAGGUUUGUAUUACGCCUUGCUGGUGCAGGACCCUUGGCAGAUUUCACUUUCUACUUUUCCCGACGUGCCGUAAUCGCAUGUCGUUACACUGUGUGUCGAGCUUUUGCUUGGGCUUUUUGCCUUCUGAAGCAUUCCUGUAUCAGCCUCUCUCCCUCCCAAAUAUAAAACGUCACAUCCCAUGAUUUGUUGGAGGUAGCUGUUAAAACCCAUCCCCUUUAGAGAACAAUUAUCCACUUGAUCUUUACGGUGUGGGCGGUGAACCCGUGGUUCCCUGGAUCUUCCAAGGUGUUGGUGAUUGUGGUUAAUAGCAUGCUGUCAUGUUGUGGCUGAAUCUUAUCUGGUGAUAGUGACUCAGGUACACUCUAGGUCUCUUGAAAUCUGCACAGUGAUUCUAACUGAGAGUUUUUUAUGCAAUAUGCAUGCUCUCAGUCAUGAUAAUAGUCUCCCCUCUUCCAUUUGAAAGAUCUUCUUAGACCUUGUAUGUUAUGAGCCAGACUCCAUUUUACAUCAAACUAAAUUUUUCGAAGUAAAUUCACGCUGCAUUAUCUGGAUUAUUAAUCAAGAUUUUAAAGUAGGCGAUAUGAAUAGCUAGCUAAGCGAUCUGCUUACGACUGUCAAAGCUUGUCCUCGCUGUUUGUCCUCGCAGUGUAAAGUUUGCUUAGUGUGUUGCAUUAAUUGUUCUAUCAAAUCAUGUUAGAAUUAGUUUCGCUUCUCAAGUUCUAUUUGCAGUAUGUUUCUGCUGCUAAAGUCAUUUAGAUGCUGGCGUUAUCUAUUGGGAUGCUGUCAAGCUCCAUUCAAAACAUGCUGCGAACAUGCCUUGAACGCAUCAGCUGUGUUUUCAAUCUGUUUGCAGCUGUUGCUGUAUUGUCUACAGCUGUUGCUGUGUUGUCUACAGCUGUUGCUUUGUGACACUGGAUGACAUUUUAUCACGCUUUAUACCGAUGUUUUUAUAAAGGGCUAAGCAAAAGCUCCCGUACCAGGUUGGUGGAAAAGGGUUGGUGAAAUAUGCCUUGAACCGUACGAUCAGUUACUUCUAUUUUUGUCUCAUUCUCAUAUUAUUAGUUGUGAGAUAAACCAAAGUGUGAACUGAUCCUAUUCCUAACCCUACCAAACGAUGUCCUUUGCUAAAUCAGCCGAUUAAAAGGGGGAGCUUGGGAGUGAGAUGUAGGUGGCCAAGAGAAUAAUGUGCAUAUUGGCCACCAUGCGCUGCCACAUGUAACAUCACACAAAAGCUGUAGAUCACCUCUGAUGAAUGAUGAUCUUUUCCUGUUUAAUAUUCUGCUGAAUUGGCAUAGGCCACAGUUUUGAAUUCGUUUGCACCACUCCAAAAACUUUAUUUAAUUCCCAAGAUGCUUUGUCUUUUUUUCAGUUUUUCUGUAAGUAUAUACAGAUUUGUUGUUAAAAUCUAAUUUUCAUGUUGCAUUUAAGAUAUAUUGUCGAAAAACUCAUAACUUGUUACUUGACGUUUAGCAGAAAAUGUCUAUGGUCAGAACUUUUAGUGCUAAUUGAGCUAAUUAAUGGCAUAGAUUGAUGUUAUUAUGUAAAAUGAUGUUUUAAUGCCAUGCUUUAGCAUGUAAAAAACCUCUAUCGGCAUAUUUUCAUUAUACUUUUGAACUUUUUUCAGGCACUAAAGACAGCAAAUGCUCCAGGAAGCCUCCCAGUCCGAGCCCUACUCUGCUCAUACAAAUGUUUUAACAGCAAAGGACAUGGUUAUUACGGGGUGGCAUUUCCGUGAGACUC